GCGGGCGAAGAACGGAGCACCAGCGUCUCUUCAGCCGUGCUGACAAUUCGCUCAGGGAAUUACGGUGUCUCAGCAAAGACGGUGUGACCAGGAGACAACGCAUGCACAUUUUUCAUGCAUGGAAGUGUGUUUUGGACUACAAAUGCGAAGCUGAUUAAAUGAAGAUGCGGAAGAUAUGAAUCUAUAAAUAUUUCUCCUUGAAACUUUGGACAUUUGCUGGAGAAUUCCGAGGAAUGGACUACACAGACGCGCUGUUUUCCACAUUCAUAGAUAUGAAUACAACUUGAACUGGGCGAACGGCACUGUUGAGGGUCAAAUGCGAAGUACCCAAAUGCGAAGAAGCCUACCGGGUGAACGACUUUCGUUCGUCCCCUUUCUGCUGGUGAAGAAACCGUGCGAAGCCCAUCCUCCCCAAGAAGGAGGAAUUGGAUUUACGUUUCUCUGUUAAUGCGAACUUGUGCUGGUUCAUACAUUCCGUUCAUUUAGUAUUUCUGUUAUAUGGAGAUAACCCUUAUCCUGAUAUUUUGAAGUUGCUGGACUUCCACUGGGUCCUUGGGAGUUGGAGCCUUCAGGAUUAUUACUCUCUGGGCGCAUUUUCAUGUCAGCGUUGUCUGCUGUAUGACAAUGGAUUAUUUACUGUUUAUAUGCAGCCUCUUGCUGCCACUGACGUCAGCCGUUGAAGAAACUCUGAUGGACACCAAAUGGGCCACCACCGAGCUGGCCUGGACUUCCCAUCCGGAGACCGGGUGGGAGGAGGUGAGCGGUUACGACGACGCCAUGAACCCCAUCCGGACGUACCAGGUGUGCAACGUGCGCGAGCUGAACCAGAACAACUGGCUGCGCUCCGACUUCAUCCCGCGCAAGGACGUGCUGCGCGUCUACGUGGAGAUGAAGUUCACCGUGCGCGACUGCAACAGCAUCCCUAACAUCCCCGGCUCCUGCAAGGAGACCUUCAACCUCUUCUACUACGAGUCCGACUCCGACUCCGCCACCGCCACCACCCCCUUCUGGAUGGAGAACCCCUACAUCAAGGUGGACACCAUUGCGCCGGACGAGAGCUUCUCCAAGCUGGACCUGGGCCGGGUCAACGCCAAGGUCCGCAGCUUCGGCCCUCUGUCCAAGGCGGGCUUCUAUCUGGCGUUCCAGGACCUGGGUGCCUGCAUGUCGCUGAUCUCGGUGCGAGUGUUCUACAAGAAGUGCUCCACCACCAUCGAGAACUUCGCCGUCUUCCCCGAGACUGCCACGGGCGCCGAGGCCACCUCGCUGGUCAUCGCCCCCGGCAACUGCGUGCCCAACGCUGUGGAGGUGGCCGUGCCCCUGAAGCUGUACUGCAACGGGGACGGAGAGUGGAUGGUCCCGGUCGGCUCCUGCACCUGCGCCUCUGGCUUCGAGCCGGCCAUGAAGAACACACAGUGCCAAGCCUGCAGUCCUGGGACGUUCAAGUCCAAGCAGGGAGAGGGCUUCUGUACGCCUUGCCCCCCCAACAGCCUGACCAGCUCCACGGCCGCCAGUGUCUGCUCCUGCCGUAAUGGCUACUACCGAGGUGACAGCGAUGCUCCCGAAGCAGGCUGCACCACGGUUCCGUCGUCGCCACGGAACGUGAUCUCGAGCGUGAACGAGACGUCGCUGGUGCUGGAGUGGAGCGAUCCGCGCGACUCUGGCGGUCGCGACGACAUCUUCUACAACGUCAUCUGCAAGAAGUGCCACCCGGAGAGGGGCAGCUGCUCGCGCUGCGACAACAACGUGGACAUCACGCCGCACUACCUGGGCCUGACCCAGCGCCGCGUCACCGUGCGCAACCUGCAGGCGCACACGCAGUACAGCUUCGAGAUCCAGGCCGCCAACGGCGUCACCGCCAAGAGCCCGUACUCGCCUCAGUCCUCCACCGUCAACAUCACCACCAACCAAGCAGCCCCCAGUGCGGUGCCAACGGUCCACCUGAUGGCCGCCUCGUCCAGCACCAUGAGCCUGUCCUGGCUGCCUCCGGAGAGACCCAACGGCAUCAUCCUGGACUACGAGAUCAAGUACCACGAGAAGGACCAGGGUGAGGCUAUCGCCCACACCAUGACUGUGGCCUUAUUUUCUUGUCUCGAGGGCCCUGAGGCCCGGCCAUCCCCUCAUUGGUCCAGUCUUGACGCCCGACUGUGGCCGGGCUACUCUGGGCGCUACAGCAGCCCCGCCGACUUCAGUACCAACAUGCAGGGUGACCCAGUGAAGUCUCUGCAGGAGCAACUGCCACUCAUCGUUGGCUCAGCGACGGCGGGCCUGGUCUUCAUCAUUGCUGUGGUGGUCAUUGCUAUCGUCUGCCUUAAGAAGCAGCGUAACGGCUCUGAGUCUGAGUACACUGAGAAGCUGCAGCAAUACAUAACUCCUGGAACCAAGGUUUAUAUUGACCCCUUCACCUACGGGACCCCUAAACGAAGCCCGGUCUUGUGAGUUUGCCAAAAAAUCGACAUCUCCUGCGUGAAGAUCGAGGAGGUCAUCGGCGCAGGAGAGUUUGGGGAGGUGUGCCGCGGUCGCCUCAAGCUGCCUGGCCGGAGGGAGAUCAUCGUGGCCAUCAAGACGCUGAAAGUGGGCUACACGGAGCGGCAGAGACGCGACUUCCUGUCCGAGGCCAGCAUCAUGGGGCAGUUCGACCACCCCAACAUCAUCCGCCUGGAGGGUGUGGUCACCAAGAGCCGGCCUGUCAUGAUCGUGACGGAGUUCAUGGAGAACGGCGCCCUUGAUUCCUUCCUGAGGCUUAAUGACGAGUUCACGGUCAUCCAGCUGGUUGGCAUGCUACGGGGCAUCGCCGCUGGCAUGAAGUACCUGUCGGACAUGAACUAUGUCCACCGUGACCUCGCUGCCCGCAACAUCCUGGUCAACAGCAACCUGGUGUGCAAGGUGUCCGACUUUGGGUUGUCCCGGUUCCUGGAGGAUGACACCAACGAUCCAACCUACACAAGCUCACUGGGAGGCAAGAUUCCUAUCCGAUGGACGGCCCCCGAGGCUAUCGCUUACAGGAAGUUCACCUCAGCUAGCGACGUAUGGAGCUAUGGCAUCGUCAUGUGGGAAGUGAUGUCAUAUGGUGAACGUCCAUACUGGGACAUGGUAAUCCAGGAUGUGAUCAACGCUGUGGAGCAGGACUACCGGCUGCCCCCCCCCAUGGACUGCCCCACUGCUCUGCACCAGCUCAUGCUGGACUGCUGGGUCAAGGAGAGGAACCUGCGACCCAAGUUCGCCCAGAUCGUCAACACACUCGACAAGCUCAUACGCAACGCCGCCAGCCUUAAGGUGGUCACCAGCACACAGUCAGGAGCCUCGCAGCCCCUCCUCGACCGCUGCGUACCUGACUACACCACCUUCACCACUGUGGCCGACUGGCUGGACGCCAUCAAGAUGAGCCGAUACUGUGACAACUUCCUCAACGCCGGCUUCGCCUCCUUCGACCUGGUCGCGCAGAUGACUGCUGAGGAUCUCCUGAGGAUAGGCGUGACGCUGGCGGGCCACCAGAAGAAGAUUCUGGGCAGCAUUCAGGACAUGAGGCUGCAGAUGAACCAAACACUGCCGGUGCAGGUCUGAGCCAGAGGUGGGCGGGACUGUGCCAGAUGGAGAGCCAAUGGAAACGCCAGCUGCCUGACCAUCUGCCAAUCAGAUAACAAAACUGGCUCGCAGUGCCUCAGACAACGUUUUCGCCACAACCCCCCCCACCCCCACCAACAC